CCUGGAAAUUUAUUGGUGAUUUGGACAUUUUUGAAGGUUAAACGUCUCCGUGUUAAUCAUAACGUUUUCGUUGUGUCUCUGGCAUUCGUCGACACCGUUAUAAUUGGUUAUUUACUGCCAAAUAACGUAGCAUCACUUCUGCGGGGAGUAUGCCCGAUUUCGAGAAAUAUGUGUCUAUUGAAUGGAAUUAUAGCUCAUAUAUGUUUUUCAACAAGCGUUCAAACGAUUAUGGUGAUAGCAAUCAAUAGGUUUGUUAAAAUUUGCUGCACAACAAAAUAUGAUAUGAUAUUUGAUAACAGAAAGAUGGUAUUAAUACUCGUGUAUACCUACAGCGUUGGCCCAAUAUUCCUUGUGCCUUUGUUGGUAAUGGGUGACAGUCAACUGGUGUACGACGCAACGUUGCAAAUGUGCAUAUUUGACCGAUAUGGGAAUUGGAGAUGCACAACAAUAUACCAAACACUGUGUCUGGCCCUACCGAUUCUGAUUACAGCGUACUGCUACUGCAGUGUAUAUCGGACUGUGAUGAAGACACGUUCACAGGUUAUGCAGCGCUUUUGGAACAACGGCUUGCAAAAACGACGCAUCCAACACGAACUAGUCGUGACGCGAUCGCAAUUCGCCAUAUUUAUAGCUUAUCUGGUCCUGUAUAUACCGUUUGGAGUGACUGCAGUUUUCGUCACUGACAGACUGUCCGUGCCAGUAUCUCUACAUGCAGCUGGUAUAUAUCUGUGUUAUCUCAAUAGCUGUAUUAAUGGUUUGAUUUAUGGGCUCCUAAACAAAAACAUACAGCAAGCCUAUCGAGAGGCCCUCCCUUGCUUCAGAAGAAAACAUAAUGUGAUAGCCGUCCAACCCUUUCUGCCAAAAGAUUCCUAUAAAGUGAGAAAAAAGGCAGUUUCAACACAGACUGAAUCGUGUGUAUAAAUAAUAAUCACACAUUCAAUCCAAACCUCACAUUAUGGUGUAUGUAGUAAUGCUAUUAUUUUGGUACUCGUAAUCAGCUGCAAACGAAAGAUUCAUGGGAAUUUAGUACGCCUUAUUCUAAUACUUGUUCAAUUUUUCAUUAAGAGUGGUCUUGCUACGUUUGGUUGAUUUGCUUAUGGAAUCAUACUUGUCUUUGCUAAAAUAUAUAUAUUUGUAAUGUGAUGAUAACACUAUCAUAAAACAUUACUGAUGGGGGUUUCAUGUUUGUAAAACGCGGUCGUGCAAUUUAGUUUAAAGAUUGUUUGGCUACGUGAGCUUACGAUUGUGAUAUGGAACGAAUAAAUCUAUGGGUUGUGUGUUAUAAAGAUGACAUUUUGUUGUGCAUUUGCUACAUCAUAUACCGCUAUCAGCAUGAAAUGUUUGUGUUAUUGCUUUGAUAGUUUCUACUGUACGUUAAGUUUGGCACAAAGAACUGGUUUUGUGAUAGGGGUUGUUUGCACAAAAUAAAUAUCCCCGUUAGCAAAUAUUGCGAUCAUUGCAGGAGCCAAUGGUGGUUUCAACGUGAUGUCAUAAAGAAGCAAACUCGCAAUAAUUCUAUCAGUGAAAACAGAUGUCUUACAUUUUAAAAUUCUGCAAUAUUUAUAAACAGCUUCAUGGUAUAGUAUUCAAUGUGAUUGGAUGCUCUUACAUAGAGUUAGUGUAAAGUUCCUUCCAUGAAGCUGAGGGGUGCUCGUUUAUUGAUUUGAAUUUAACCUCUGCGUCUCUAUAA